UGGCGACGGCAGGUGCAGGGGGGUGCGCCGCCGCCGCCGCCGCCGCCGCGGCCUUCCCUUUAAGAGCCGCCGCCGCCCACGGCCCGCUGCUGCGGCAGGGACCUCCCCUUUAACGGCGGCGGCUCGGCGCUCCGCGGCCCCCGCGGCGGCUGCUGCUGCGGGUGCUGCUGCUACUGCGGAUCCUGCCGCCGCCGCCGCUCGGCCUCCAGCAGCUACAUCCUCGGCCAGGGCCGGGUCCCCGCCCCGCGCCCCGCCCGACCCCGCCAUGGUGUCCUGGAUCAUCUCUCGCCUGGUGGUGCUCAUCUUUGGCACCCUGUACCCAGCUUAUUCUUCCUACAAGGCCGUGAAGACAAAAAACGUGAAGGAAUAUGUGAAAUGGAUGAUGUAUUGGAUCGUCUUUGCCUUCUUCACCACUGCCGAGACACUCACAGAUAUCGUGCUCUCCUGGCUCUGCCGCCUGCCUCUCUCUCCACCCAACAGGUUCCCAUUCUACUUUGAGCUCAAGAUUGCCUUUGUGAUAUGGCUGCUGUCCCCUUAUACCAAGGGCUCCAGCGUGCUCUACCGCAAGUUCGUGCACCCGACACUGUCCAACAAGGAGAAGGAGAUCGAUGAGUACAUCACACAGGCCCGAGACAAGAGCUAUGAGACCAUGAUGCGGGUGGGCAAGAGGGGUCUGAACCUGGCCGCCAAUGCCGCGGUCACAGCUGCUGCCAAGGGCCAGGGGGUGCUGUCAGAGAAGCUCCGAAGCUUCAGUAUGCAGGACCUGACCCUGAUACGGGAUGAGGAUGCGCUGCCCCUGCAGGGGCCCGACGGCCGCCUCAGACCCAGCCCCGGCAGCCUCCUGGACACCAUUGAGGACAUAGGAGAUGACCCUGCCCUGAGUUUAAGGUCAGGCACGAACCAGGCAGAUCCCCGGACAGAGAUCUCUGAGGAUGACACGGGAGACAAGGCCCCUAAGAGGGUCAAAUCCAUCAAAAAAGUGCCGAAAGCUGAGCCACUGGCUUCCAAGACACUGAAGACCCGGCCCAAGAAGAAGACCUCCGCGGGGGGUGACUCAGCUUGAGGCCCCAGACACCCCAGGCUGCAGAGCCCUGGCUCCACACUGUGCCAGCUCUCAGUCUCAGGCCCCAGGGCUUCUCAGGUGGCUGCUUCUGGUACCUGCCCAGUGGCCACUCCUCUGGAAGGGCUUGGAAAAGAGAAGGGAGGCCCUACGGUGGGGGUUGAGGGUAGAGGCUGGACCAGGAGCUGAGGACUGAGCCACGCGAGGGGGUGCAGGCUCCUCAGAGCCCAAAUGCUACUCUCCCCGCUCCAGCCCUGCCCCCGCCUACCCAGUGCCUUGCUGAAGACCAUGGCCAUCCCCUUGUCUGAGGUCCUAAUAGGGCCCCACUGCUCUCCCUGGGUCGGGGUCGGGGGCCAGUCACAACCCAGAUUGACCAGAGACAGGCCUGAAGGCCCCGGGAGAGAGGGAGGGAGUGGGGACGGCCUCGGAGAAUCUGGGCAGGGGCUCUGGGCCUGAAGCUGUGAAUGGAGGAUGGGGGCUUAGUGUGUGCUUAGACGACCAGGGGGACCAGGCCAGAGCUGCAGCUGGGGGCCUUAGGUAGCGCUGUGUGCUACAUGUGCCCACUGAAAAGAGCUAGGGCUCCAGGGGUAUGCGUGUGAGAGUGUGUGUGUGUAUGUGCGUGUAUCUUUCUGGGUCUAGAGCUGAGGGAUUUUGAGUAAAGGACUUUCCCUCCAGCAGUAUCCUACCCCUACCCUCAGCCAGCUGGCCCUUCCCCCUCUCAGCUCACCCUCCUACUCUCCGAGCCUCAAAGGACCCCAGCCCAUGAGAGAGUAGGGUUCCAAGGGGCCUCUCGCCUCCUCCUCUGCCCUUGAUCCUCUCCCCUUUUACCUUCUCCCAUCCCUGCCCUGCCCUUGGACUGGGCUUCACCCCUCAGGGCCGUCAGUAGAGGCCCUUGCCGAGCCGGUUCCCGUCCUUCUCACCUGGGGGCCCGUCUUCCCUCCCCCUGGGGUCCUCUUCCUGUGCCAAACAGACUAGGCCCUGUGUAAGCAGUCCCCUGUCAGAGCCCAGCCUUUGCCCCACACUUUGCCCCAGCUUCUGCUGUGGCUUCAGUCCGGGCUAGGAGGAAUAUGUGAAGAAGAAAAAGAUAUUAGGAGCCAGGGGGCUCCCAAAUCCAUGGAAAGAGGGUGCCCAGUGGACCUUUGGCACUGGAUGAGCCAAUAAACCAAAUUCUGGCACCUC